UCCUGUAUUUGCAAACCUUUCUCUAUUCCAAAAAGUAUCCAAGAUCGAAAUCUUCUGAUUUCCCGCUUCUUGAAGAACUUUAUCGAAAUGCUCAUCUAUUCCUAUUGCAAAAAGCGCAGUUUCGAAUUCUGCAAGAUAUCUUCCAGAAACUCUUCUUGCUGCAUCAAAUGUAUUCAUCUGAAUUGCUUUAAGUGCAACAUUAUGAAUUCCUUCUCUGAGAAGCUUUGCAAUAUUGCUAUCCAAUAUUGA